AUGGACGAAUGUCGCCUGACUGUGCCCCCGACCGACUUGCGCCCGACUCGCGAUUCGACUUACCCCCGACCUGCGCCCGACCGGCUGACGACUCGCGAAAUCCCGACUUGCGCCCGACCCCAGCCCGGACUCGCGCCUGACCUCGGCGACUCGCGCCCGACCUGACGUUCCUGCACGCGUGCAGCUCGACAAAAAGGCCGAGGUGGCGCUGCGCUGGAAGAUUGAUCUGCGCACACUGCCCAUCGUCAGCAUGCUGUACCUUUUCUGGUGCGUGUUUGAGUAAAAACGUAUACUUUUCGAGCAAUAAACUGACCUUCGCUCGAACGCCACUCGUAGCCUCAUCGAUCGAGCCAACAUUGGAAAGUAAGUCUUCUCUACCUCGACAACCAUUCCAAUCGCGUGUGCUUGAAUCUGACCAGUCGCUCCUCUCCCGCUUCAACCAAAUAGCGCCCGUCUCGCCGGCCUCGAAGCUGACCUUCACAUGACCAACAAAUACGACUUCAACAUGCUCCUCACCUCCGCUUACGUCGCCUUCGUAGUCUUCGAGAUUCCCGCCAGUUUCCUCUGCAAAGUCAUCGGUCCCGGUAUUUUCAUCCCUUGCCUUUCCGUCAGCUUCGGCGCUUUGUGCCUUGCGAUGGCGUUCGUGCAAAGCUUUUCGAGCGCGAUGGCGCUGCGUUUCCUCCUCGGUCUCGCUGAAGCGGGUGUCUACCCCAGUACGUACAGCUUUCCACGCGUCUACCACAAACCCCUACACUAACCCUUUUCCCACCCGUCGUGUGAAAAGGCAUCGUCUACUACCUCUCGCGCUGGUACCGCAAGGAUGAGCUCUGCUUCCGCCUCGCGCUCUUCAUCGUCUUCGCCCCUCUUUCGGGUGCGUUCGGCGGUUUGUUUGCAUCGGGUUUGUUAGAGGUCAAGCCAUUUGGGGCGAUUCAUUCUUGGCGUAUGAGUGAGUCUUUGGAACAGUUAUGCGGACGACCCGGGAUGUCCGAUCGGUGAUUAUCACGAGUCGCCGAUUAGGAUGGAAGUUGACACAAUUUCUGCAUCUUCGAAUACGCUUUGACUCGACAGUCUUCUUCGUCGUGAGUGUCAUCUCGUUCAAAAAAAGUUCGCAUCGAAAAGGAUUGCCAUACUCAUGCCUUUGGGUCUUCAACCCCUUUCAUUAUUUUCAGGAGGGUCUCAUCACGAUGGGUUUGGGCCUCCUCAGCUUCUUCCUCUUGCCCGACCGACCCGAGACAGCCAAGGUAAGUCAAGAGAAAUUCUCCACAUUCACGUAUUGAAAAAAAAAAAACGACAAAAAUUCCUGAACACCUUUCGCGGCCUCAUGCAGUGGCUCAACACCGAUGAGAAAGCGCUCUGUGCUGCUCGAAGCAAGAGUGAGAACGUCGGCGCGAUCGAGGUCGUCGACUCGUUGAAAAAGGAGGUCUUCUUCGCGGGCAUGUUCAAUACGAGUAAGUCUCUCAUAAUUCGGUUCAUACUUUGAAAACAAUUGAGCUGAUUUUUUUAACAUCACGUUCGACCCUUUUCUCAGCUUCCGUGAUCAUCACCCUGACCGCCUUCUUCGUCACCAUCCCGAUCCUCUGUCUUGGAUUUUUCCUCCCCACCAUCGUGAAAACGAUCUUCCCGAACAAGGGCGUCAUCGCUCUUCAACUCCGUACGGUGCCCCCCUGGAUCCUAGGAGCGGUGAUGGCAUUGAUCCUGCCCUACUUGUCGUGGAAGACGAAACGACGUGCGGUGUAUAUCGUCAUCGCUUCGCCGUUGACGGUAAUCGGUGAGUCUCGAGUCCCUCGAUCUGGCGGGAAGACUCGUCUCCUCUUCGCGAUCCGAAGCGCGCUUUCUCUUUCCGUCCCCAUGUUUCUAAUCAUUCGCCGACUCCAUCUCUCACUCCAGGCUACCUGAUGUUCACCCUCUCGUCCUCCCCGCACGUGCGCUACGCGGCCUGUUUCCUCAUCACGGCCGGAGCGACGCCUUUCCUCUCCCUCGCGACCACCUGGACGACGAUCAACACGACCUCGGACACGGCGCGAGCGGGCGCUAUCGCUCUAUUCGUCUUUGGCGCGAACACGGGUGGACUCGUCGCUACGUGGAGCUAUUUACCCCAGUAAGUUUCCUUCUUUCUUGGGUCAAAAGUUUUGUGCUGCGCCCCCACGAAAACAAGAAUUCUUCUGACUUGAGCCCCUGCUCGACCGAACACGGAGCAGAUUCGCGCCGCGGAACCUCCCGGGCAACAUCCUCUGCCUCGUAUCCUCCCUGAUGGUCCUCAUCCUGACCCUCGGUCUAUGGAAAUAUCACCUACUGGAGAACGCGCGCCGAGACGCCGCACAUGAUGAUGCGUUGCUCGAGGGUAUGUCGGAUAAGGAUGUCGCGCGGUUGGGGCAGAAGCAUCCGGGUUUCAGAUUCAGGCUUUGA